AUGUUUGGCAAGCUAUCGCGGCGAACGAACUCCAUGAAGAAGGGUCUCGCCUCAGAACAAUACGAUGAGGCCGACGAUCCCGAUUACCGCAAUGGUGAGCCCCAAAAAUGGGAGGCGAAAACCGUGCGAUUCAAGGGUAUGCUAGUUGGACAAUUUAAGAGCGAAGAUGUUGUUGGAUCCAUUGCCGAGGGAAUUGAAACCAUGAAGAAGCAACCGGCAAAAUACCUGGCAAUCAAGUACGCCACACAUGAUCUGGAUCUUCCAGAGACAGAGCAAGCAUUCACAUUAAUUUACCGGAAGGAUGUAUUCCAAUGUGCCCCCAUGGACCCUGAUCCCGAUGGCGCAUAUGCAUUGGUUACCAUGGUUUACGAACGGCUACCAAAAUUCAAGAACGAUGUCCUUCCGAAGAGUAAUCGCGACAAGUACACAGAUUCAAUGGUGUGGAAGGGCAAAACAUUACAUUCGGCCAAAAACAAACCACUGCUCCCAGGACGUGGCAUGGGCAUUGUUGACAAGCCUUGUCUCACAGUUAUUGGUGACGUGGAUCCUACCGACGUUAAACAGGGUCUCAUUGGUGACUGUUGGAUGCUGAGCGGUAUUUCAACGCUGGCUGAAUAUGAUGGAUCCAUCCGCCAUCUCUUUCGCAAAACCAAAAAUAUUGACGAAAUGCCCUUUGACAAAAAGGCCAACUUGUAUAACAUUACUUUGUUUGAUGUCAAGAAGUGGAAAGAAACUGAUGUUGUGGUGGACGAACGUUUGUGUUUGAGACCUGAUUGGCAUAAUAAAACGAGUGAAAAGCGUCUCUUGGGUGCUCGACCAUCCAAGGAUGGACAAUUGUGGGUACCCUACUUGGAAAAAGCCAUUACAAUACAUUGUGGUGGAUUUGAUCAGGUAAAUUAUGGUGCAAACUGCAACCAUGCCUGGGCUGUGCUGACAGGAGUCAAGGAACAAUGUACCAUUAUGCGAAAGGGUGACGAAACCACCAAUUGGGGAUGUUACGGACGAUACAAUACAAGGAACAAAACUUGGGAAGACUGGGAUAAUGAUCCGUGGAAAGGUUCCCAGACCGUUUAUGCCGUUCCGUGGCCAGAAGGCGGUGGUGGAAGCUUUGACGACUGGACCGACUAUGAUGAGUGUACCGAUGACCAGUUGUUUCAAAAAAUGUGCGUAUGGGACGACAAUAACUUUUUGCAAGCUGCCUCCAGUAAGGGAGAAAGCGAUCAAAACAAGACAGAUGGAAUUAUCGACAACCAUGCGUAUGGUAUUGUUGACUGCAAAUCGAAUGUUGCCGAUUCAGGUGUGGACAUGAUCCAGCUACGAAAUCCUUGGGGCUACGAUGGUGGACUCGACAAUGGAAUUUUUGUAAAAGAUAAGGGAACUGGAUGGCAGAAAUAUCCACUGGUUAAAGAAGAAUUGAAACCCGAACUGGAUGAUCCAGGUGUUUUCUGGCUGACAAAGGAAGAGUUCUUUCAAUAUUACGGAACCUUUUACCUGAGCGGACGAGACAUGAGCGAAUUUUUGGGAUUCCCAGCAACUGCUACCAAGAAACGCAAGGCAACAGACGAUGCCAUUGCAGGUGAUUUACCGACUAAAAAGAGAGAUGAUGAUGAAUCAGGUAGUGGUGCAGUGGCUACUGGUGGGGUUGCAGGUGAUGCCGACACCGCUGCUGAAGCUGCUGCUGACACUUCUGCUGAAACUGCUGCUGACACUUCUGCUGAAACUGCUGCUGACACUGUUAGUGGAGAUGACGAUGUUACUGUCGCUGCUGGUAAUGCUGGUGGGAUUACUGAUGAUGCCGAUGAUGCAAUUGGAGACGAUAAUGAGUCAGGCACUGGUGUUGCUACUGGUGCCGCCGGUGAUGGCGAGGCGGCUGCAAGAAGAAAAGCACAAGCAGACCUUGUGAAGCGAAGACUUGUAGAGAAAGAGAAGCUGCGCAAAAUGCGGCAAUGUGCGAUUGCAUUUGUGUGCCUUUGCUUUUUGGGAACUGGACUUCCAUUCUUCAUUCCGUUUGCAUUGGAUCUUCCUGCAAUCAUUGGCGAAGACGCAACGACCUCCCUUGUUUUGACCGAUGCACCUACUGUGGCUACCUUGCCGCCUACAACAUUGGCCCCUACGAUCAGUCCUGCACCUACUUUGAGCCCCACUAUCAGUCCUGCCCCAACGAUUACUGCGAAACCGACAGUGGCCACCCAAAGCCCCAGUACGAUGCCCUCAGAUACUCCAUCCGACAAACCAACGAGUGCGCCAACGACCCUGGCUCCAACCGGUGCUCCAACGACGCUGUCGCCAACCCGGACUCCAACUGGUGCUCCGACACGUCUCCCGACACCUGGGCUUCCACCUCCAACACUGAAUCCUACCAUUGCUCCAUUCACAGAAUUUCCAACAAGGCUACCGACGACUUCUCCUACUAGAAAUCCAACUAGGAGGCCAACACCUGCUCCAACAAAGACUCCAACUAAAAGUCCAACAAGAACCCCAACAGCUUCUCCUAGCACGUCUCCCCCAACAAAGAGCCCCACGGUAGCUCCAACAAAAGCUCCGACGAAAACACCAACAAAAGCUCCAACAUCUUCUCCUAGUACAUCUCCCCCAACAAAGAGCCCGACGGUUGCGCCAACAAAAGCUCCGACAAAGGCACCUACAAAAACUCCCACAGCUUCUCCUAGUACGUCUCCCCCAACAAAGGUUCCAACUAGAGCACCAACCAAGUCUCCGACGAAAACUCCAACACCUGCGCCAACUAAAGCACCCACACCUGCCCCAACGAAAGGACCGAUCGAGAUUCAGCUGGAAUCCAUAUCGGGAGAAGGAGUAUUUGAUAACCCAAGAUCUCCUCAAAGCGUUGCACGUAAUGUCUUGCUCAACGAAGGUCUAGGCGAUCAAGGUCAAUUCGAUGACAGAGCUCUAGAGCGAUACGCAGCUGCUGUAUUCUAUUUCAGCACUGGAGGGGACGCUUUUUGGUACCAAUGCUUCCGGGGGCACAUAAACUGUGGUAGUGGCCAAUGGUUUACUGGUGAUGUGUGCAGCUGGAACUUUGUCUCCUGUAAUGGUGACGGAUUCAUCACUUCAAUCGUAAUCGACUCCGACAACGGACUGCGUGGGUCGAUCCCCAUGGAAAUUUGGUCACUCGAGUUCCUUGAGGUGCUUGAAAUUGUCGACAAUCCUACCAUGAGCGGUCCAUUGCCAACUAAACUCGGUGAAACAGCGACUAACAUGGUUCUCAUGCGAAUUGAAAACUCUGGUCUUACUGGCACAAUUCCCAACGGUUUUCUAACAAACAGUCAAGUCGAAUUCUUGUACCUUUCCAGAAACCGAUUGUCAGGACGAAUCCCCAAUAGCUUUGGCCUCCUGACAAGCUUGAAUGAAUUGACAUUGCAUAGGAACGUUUUGACAGGUACUAUGCCGCCAACAGUGUGCACGUUGCGAGGUACUGGAUCAUCUGACCUGCAAGUGCUUACAGUGGAUUGUAACGAGGUGUCAUGCAACUGCUGUACUUCGUGCUUCUAG